GGGUUCUUUUUUUCCUUUGAUUUUUUUUUGUGCUGGAAAUGGUGCAAUCUGUGUGAGUUUGGGGCAUCCCCCUGCGUCGUUCAUCUUCAUCCCCUUUGCUUCGCACGACACAGGAGGAACCCCAGGCCCGGUCUCUUUUGGGAUCAUCCCCUGUGCCAGCACUCCUCACGGUCCCCAAGUGCUGCCCCAACCCCAUUCCCAGCUGUGACACUCACACUUUUGUCCCCCCCUGUCCCCCCCUCCCAUACACACACAGGUACCACGACCAGCAGGACGUGACCAGCAACUUCCUGGGUGCCAUGUGGCUCAUCUCCAUCACCUUCCUCUCCAUCGGGUACGGGGACAUGGUGCCGCACACCUACUGUGGGAAGGGGGUCUGUCUGCUCACCGGCAUCAUGGGCGCCGGCUGCACGGCCCUGGUGGUGGCUGUGGUGGCCCGAAAGCUGGAGCUCACCAAAGCUGAGAAGCACGUUCACAACUUCAUGAUGGACACGCAGCUGACCAAGAGGCUCUUUGUGAAAUGCAGAGAGUGCAGCCGCACCCAGGGCAGGAAAUGCACAUAUUUUCUCCUUCCCUCGGAGGAGAUGGACCGUCUUCUCUGGUGGAACAUGAGCUCACUCGUCUCAGGAUUGGGGUUCCAGUGA